CAUCAACCUCUCUCUGUGUCUUCAGUCUUACCUAUAGUCUCUUCGGUAUUUUCCUGUGUUUAUUUACCGAUCAGAGAUGAGAGCGUGGCUUCUGGUCGUGGGAUGCUGCCUCUGGUUGACGGUUAGCCUUGCGACUCCAGUUCCAAGCUCGGCUCCAGAACCGCCUCCCGUAGAUCGAGCCUCCAGGCAGAGCGCCGACCCCGCCCAACCGGUGGCUGCCGCCCCGCAGGAGGAAGAAGACGACGACGAUGACGACGAUGAUGAUGACGUUGACCUCGACCUAGGCGAUGAUGAUGAUGACGACGACGAUGAUGAUGCUGCUGAUGACGAUGAUGACGACGAUGAUGAUGAGGAUUAUUUCGAGAGGUUCUUCGAUGAUAUACUUGGAGACGAUGACGACGACGACGACGACGAUGACGACGAAGAGGUUGCCGCCCCGGCACCGGCUAUCGUGGCAGCCGCCCCCACAGUGGCCCCGACCGCCGCCCCCCCGCAACCUUCCACCCCCCAAGGCCUAGCCGCCGCCAGCGUCGAGGAGAGCGGUCAAGACUAUGGCACUGCCCCCGCCGAGGAGGAACCUCUGGAGACAGAGUCGACCAACACCGUUGUGCUCACCACCAACGACCAGGACGAGGCCGCCAAUUCCAUUGGAACUGGGGACGAGGAAGACGAUGAAGCAGAUGACGACGACGAAGAUGAAGAGGAAGAAGAUGAUGAUGACGACGAUGACGAUCUGGUGGGAGAUAUCGAGGCUAAACAAGCACGCUCUCUGAAUGAUGCUGACAUGGCUCCUCCUGCCUACAUCGUCAAAUACAACAGGUUCGUUGACACAAUAUUGGAUAGGAUCAACAAGAUCCUAAGAAAGAGCUACGACCCAGUUAACGUCAGGCUGCAAUCCUCCUCCGAUACCAAAAAGAACAAACACAAGAAGAGGAAGAACAAAGAAAAGCAGUCUAGAGUGACUGAAUCGAGCAGAGGUAACGUGACCGAAGCGGCAACUGAGUUCAUGACAGAGCAGACCACUGCGGUACCAUCAGCUUCGACCCAAGCAGCUGAGCCCAGGAAGAGGAAGCAUCCUACGCCUGCUACACCCACUGUUAAGAACAAGACUAAACCCAAGACUAAGAGUGGAAACCCCAGGGCUAAGGCAACCUUGUAUGGACUCUCCUCCAUUCAACGGGAAGGCGAUGUCACCGUCAACGUCAUGAGCUCGCACACGACCGUCAAGACCAAGUUUCUAGUGGGACCCUUGGUUCUCAAAGUUGAGAAGGAGUUCGGGCGUGGUGCUAAGAAAGAACUGAGAAGUGCCACUGCAACAACAGCCGAGAUGACGGGAAAGUUGAACCUGAGGGUGCUCAAUGGAGGAGUAGCCACGCUCCAUUCCAUCAAGGUCCUUCAGCCCAAGCAGGUAAGAGUGGAGAGUCCAGAUGACUACGACAGGACCAGGGAGUUCGUCUGGAGGCGGUCAAGCAGUAUCGCCAAACUCGUCUCAGAGAAGUUACUUGCAGCAACUAAGUCCAUGCUACAGCCACCCCCGUCAGCCAAACCCACCGCCUAGGUUUAAAACACUAUAUUUUGCACCAACAACUCUGACUGUAUCGUACUAAAUGCUGACGCUUUAUUGUACCCAUUAACAACUAUUCUAAAACUGCAUUCAUAUUCCAAUUUUGAUUAAAUUAUAGUAAAGUGCUUGAUACUAGGUUUUAGCUCUAGAGUAGUUUUUGACCAUCUCUGAAAUAUAAAUUUUAACCGUCAUAGGCGCUGGCACUGUGAAGAGGCAAGAGACCGCCAGUAAAGGGUAUUAAAGUGUCUCUUUCCUCCUCAAUAAUUCCAAGACAUUUACUUAAAAUUAACUUAUAACAGAGCAGAGUAUAAUUAUAUUAAAUCGCAGGUAAUAAACAACGCAUUAUAUUAUGUGUUAUCAGGCUGCACUAAUACUUGCGAUGUUCUGUUCCUCUCCCCUCUGCCAUGCAUUAAAUACUGUUAUCAUAUGCUAUCAAAAAUGUGUUGACGCCUAUGUAAGCAUUGUUGUAUUUUCAGACAGAAUCUACCUUAUUAUGUAUCGUACCACUUAAAGCUAAAAAUAUUUGAUAGAAAGCAGUUAAACUGCUACAAUAAAAUAAUGAAUAAAAUAUAACAUAAAAAACAACAAUUAGUUUAAAAAAAAUAUUAUAAUUUAUCUUCAUGCAAACUUAUGUUACAAAAAUGUAUAUUUCUUAGUAUUUGUUAUUACUAGGUACAUUUCCAUCACACUCAAAGAAAGGGAAAAAAAUGACUUGAUAAAGUCUAGGAGCUUUGCAAAUACUGAUUUCAGUCAGGUUGUUUUAAUAUAAUUAUAUAGACCAAAGCUAAUAGUUAAGAUCAAAAAUUAUUUUUAUUGCUAAUGAUGUUAAUAAAACUAUAACAUAUUACAAAUUGUCUCUUAAAUAAUGGAUUCUUAUAGAUCAAAUAUGAUCAAACAAAUACGAUCAGAUGUAAAUAUUAGUUUUAUAGAUUUUUUGUGUUAUCUAGAUCACUUGGUUCUACCCAACUUCAAUUUUAUUUUAUUUAUUUAAAAAUUAGUAUUUAUUGCUAGAUAAUUAUUUAUUCUAUGUUAUCAAGUUAAGUAGUCCUUCAUAAUUUAUUAUAUUAUUUCGAUGUAAUUGUUCAUCUUGUAAAUAACACACUUAAUGAAUAUAAAU